UUUUUUAAAUUUUCUUUUUAUGGCGAUCGUGUAGCGAUUGUAUGAAAAUCAAGCUUCACAGUAUUUUGUCAUUACAGUAGUCGCGGUCUGCCGUGAAUCUGUUCAAGGCAAGCCGCCGAAUUUAUGCUUUAGUACAGACCACAAAGCACCACACGCUGCGCGUACGACGUGCGAUCGUCAACGAACACCGUGCCGUGGGUUUUUUCUGAACCGUAAACAUGGCUCGUUUCGAACUUUCGCCUUGUUGUAUUCACCUUGUCUGCACAAGUCUAAACAAAAUUUUUGCGUAUUCACUGAUAAAUGCUCAAGAAAGGAAAUGUUUUGAAUGUGUUGAAAAUAAGGCGAGUCUGCCAGCAUCAUCCAAAAAGCACAGCAGAAAUGGGCAACAAGAUACAGAAAACAAGUGUGAGAGCACCAGAGAUGAUGAUCCUUCCAAAAAAGAAGAGACAGAAGCAGCAGACAGAACCAAAGUUGGUGCUGAGAAACUCAAUGAGGCAAAGUCAAAGGAAGAUUCCGGCGGAAACGAAUCAGAAAAUGAUGGGCAUUCGUGUUCAGGCAACGUGCUGGCCCACAGCUUCUCGCCGUCCAGUAGGUACUAUGCAGUGUGCGAUGACUUUAAACAACUCUCCAUCUUUGAUACCACUAACUGGAGCAAACUUAGUGUAAGAUCUGUUAGGAAAAGAAGUACAUCAUUAGCAUUCAAUCAUGCUGAAGAUUGUGUUUAUGUUGGUGAUAAAUCUGGCGAUGUUUACCGGUUUUCUGUAAAGAAUGAAGAGGAUGAAGGUACCUUAGUCCUUGGGCAUGUCUCAAUGCUACUUGAUCUGGCCAUUAGCCCAGAUGAUAAGUACAUUGUUACUGCUGACAGAGAUGAGAAAAUUCGAGUUUCACACCUACCUAACUGCUACAACAUUCAUUGUUUCUGUCUUGGUCAUACAGACUUGGUUAGUAAAAUAGCAAUAUUACCAAAAGACCAAGAUAUUCUUGUGUCCGGUUCAGGGGAUGCCAGUUUACGCUUUUGGAAAUACACAACAGGGCAAGAGCUGUGUAGGUUAUCAUUAAAACAGAUGGAAGAUUCUGCCAGACCAACAGUGCUAUGUAUCAGAUGCUCUAAAAAGAGUAACUAUGUUGCAGUUUUAUUAGAAAAGUUCAUGGGUGUGCAAAUAUAUGAGUAUGAUCGCGUUGAUGAAGUUCUCGACGCACGGUUGGUGGCUAGCAUCGAAACUGGCGUUGAACCGUGGGACAUAGCCUUUGACGAGGAAGAUCACUUGUGGGUGUUUAAGCCAAAGCAGGAUGAGCUGAUCUCGGUCUAUGAGUUCUACCUGCAAGAUAAAAUCUUAAAGUUAAAACUGACUAAUUUGAAUGAAGGAAAUCAAAUUUUAAAUGUCAUAGGUCAAGUGAAUAAUGAUUGGCAGAUAUUCAAAGAAUCCUUGAAAGUAGAAAGUCUGUAUACCAAUUUGCACAAGAAGUCUCAAGACAACAGCAAAGACUGGCAACGAAGGAAAGAACGAAAGAUCAAAGGGAAGCUACAGGAAAUGAGUGAACAAACGGAAGGCUCGGCAUGUAAGAAGAUCAAAGUAGACGAAGUGUUGUCAAAAACAACGGAAAGAGAAGAAGACGUGCAAAGUUGAAGGAAAUCACCUGUUUCUAACCACAAAGAUGUAUAAAACAAGCCCUGGUUACAUGUUGUAUUUAUGACAGCAACUGACGUACAAUUGUUUAUCUAUAAUUUAUUUUAUUUGAAAAGAUUUGCUAAAUAAGCAACUGAAUGUAGCCAUGUGAUAUUAAACACAAGAAAAAACUGUGGCGUACACAAAGUUUUAGUCACUUCUUUUUUAAAAGAAAUAUAUAACAGCAAAAUCGUUACAUAUAUUUAUAAAAAGAGAGAAAUUAUUGUAACCAAUCCAAUGAAAGGGUUGAGAUGCAACGUAAACUUUGUAAGUGUUAAUCAAAUUUCAAAAAUUAUCAAAUUUCUAGCUAACACCAAAGAGUAGAGUAGCAAGAGGUCUGACCGCUGGGAUUUCUUUGAAACGUAUUCCUAUCUCCAUCUCGAAAAUACCACCACGAACUAGAGGGUACCCUUCAAAGCAACGUAAUAGUCAAAUGUAUCGAAGGUGUGCUGCCUCUAUAGAAUGCAUGUUUGGAUUAUAAACUCUGUUCUAAUGUGGUGCCACUUACCUCGUAGUAGUACUUUUUUUUCGUUUCAUUGCGUGCAUGCAAAAUCCUGGAAGUCGGACCUCUUUCUAUUCUGAACUCUUUGCUAACAGAAGCUGAUGACUACCCACUGUAUUAUUUAGGACUAAUUUCCACUCGCAUGGAAUUAAAGUACAAUUGCAGCAAAAGUUUUUCUGAACUGCAUUCCACUUUCUACCAUAAAAGUAACCUGUCUUAUCGAUAAUUAAUGCAUGUGAUGCUUUUCAAUGCAACUCGGACAAAAUAGAAUUUUAAGAAAAUCAAAAAUGAAGCUGUGUGAAACUAUCAAAAGUUUAAAAAAUUUACUCCAUUACAUUCAUUAACCAUCUUUUAUCUCGCCAAACAUUUAUAGAUUUAGUCUAUUACACUUAAUGUGGUGUGCAUUCUAAUAUGACUUUUUAAUUGCAUUUUCCAUAACUUUCCAACAGGUCGUUAACAGAAGAACAUAGUAUGGUAAUUAUGGUAAUUUUAGGCUUAUGUUCUUCCGUUAAUUGUGAGUUAUGACAGGCAUUCAAGAAUGGUACUCAGUAUGAUAAUUAUGUCCUACAAAUUUUAGGCCUGAGUUUUAGUGUACCAUUCUUGAAUGUCUGUCAAAUGACUCCCAAUUUAAUUUUUAAGUAGUAGUUUAAUUCUAAUUCUUGAAUUCAACUCUCACUCUACCUCUCGUAUAGUAAAUGUAUAAUUUCGUUUAUUUGCAAACAAAAUAUCAUCAGUAUCAGUUUUUGCCAUAUGAGAAGGACAAUGUUAUAGAAUUUAGGCUUUUAUUUUUAUUAUAGAUACUGUAUUUUAGAUUCAUGUUUCGUGGAAGAAGCCUAAAAAAGCUGUGAUAUUUCAUCAAAGUUUCAACGAAAGAGUAAUUAAAGUAACUCUUUCAAAUAUUUUGGUUUGGAGGCUCUAUUCACAUUAUCAAAUUUGGGUGAAUGAUGUCAUCAUCUUGACCCCCCCCCCCAUAUAUGGACACAUCACACAAACUUGUUACAUAAAAUGUUGUGCAGCUGUAGUAUUCUCAAAGCAUACCAUCAAUAUUUAUUUGCGUGUUAUACUGUAAACAGGUUUUAUUUUACUCAGUAUUUCUUUAUCAUCAUUUAAAUUGGUAAAAUAUGUUAAGAUGAAUAAAGUAUCUAUAGGCUAUUUUUAAAUUUUUCACCAUCAAAUUAUCUGGUUGUUACUGCCCAAUGCUGUCUGGGACAGUUGUUUUUUGUUUAAAAUAAGGCAUUUGUUAACAUAUCAAAUGUUUGGUAUUUGUUAUAUUCAUUCAUAUAUAUAUUGAUUUUGAUAUGUGUGUAUUGUUUAUAGUUGUAAACUAAUUAAAAUAAUGGAAAAUGAAAUUA